AUGGCGGAUCAACAGACUCGCGCGUCUCCCGUGGCGAGAGAGAGGCUAGAAGCCCAGAUCAAAUCCGCGGACAUGAACGAGGACAUGCAACAGGAGGCGAUUGAAGUUGCCCAGGAAGCAAUGGCCAAGUUCACAAUCGAGAAGUUCGAUGAGCGCAAGGGGCCUACCUGGCAUUGCAUUGUUGGGAGGAACUUUGGCAGCUUCGUCACGCACGAGACGAAGCACUUCCUCUACUUCUAUCUCGGACACUGCGCCAUUCUCCUAUUCAAGACUCAGUAA